GGAAGCGCUCACGCCCAGAGGCGGGACAAGAGCCCGGAGGGGCUCGGGUUUGCGGAAGUUUUGUGAGGAGGGUCUGGCGGCCUGUGGAGUGCUGUGUUGUUUCGGAUAAAGUUCCGGAAGAGAAGUUGCAGCUCAGGGUCCCGGAGCCACCAUCCUCUCUACGUUUGGGGCGAGACGGGGCACGAUUCGACGUUGCUUCUGUUGGUCCUUCUCACCUCUAGUUCCUCCCUGAGGAACCGCCUAGCGUCUCCGCCAUGGCAUCCACUUCAGUCAACCUCCAGAAAGCCAUAGACCUUGCUAGCAGAGCCACACAAGAGGACAAAGCUGGGAACUAUGAGGAAGCCCUUCAUCUCUAUCAACAUGCUGUGCAGUAUUUUCUCCAUGUAGUUAAAUAUGAAGCCCAGGGUGAUAAAGCCAAGCAGAGUAUCAGGGCAAAGUGUACAGAAUAUCUUGAUAGAGCAGAAGAACUGAAGGAGUACCUGAAAAAGAAAGAGAAAAAACCACAGAAGCCAGUGAAAGAGGGACAGCCCAGUCCAUCUGAGGAGAAGGGGAAUGACAGUGAUGGGGAAGGAGAAUCUGAUGAUCCUGAAAAAAAGAAACUGCAGAACCAGCUUCAAGGCGCCAUUGUUAUGGAGCGACCAAAUGUGAAGUGGAGCGAUGUUGCUGGUCUUGAAGGAGCCAAAGAAGCCCUUAAGGAGGCUGUGAUACUGCCUAUUAAAUUCCCACAUCUUUUUACGGGCAAGAGAACACCUUGGAGGGGCAUCCUGUUAUUUGGGCCACCUGGCACGGGAAAAUCCUAUUUAGCCAAAGCUGUAGCAACAGAAGCAAACAACUCAACCUUUUUUUCGGUGUCUUCCUCUGACCUUGUUUCUAAGUGGUUAGGUGAAAGUGAAAAGCUUGUUAAGAACUUAUUCCAACUUGCCAGAGAGAACAAACCUUCCAUCAUCUUCAUUGAUGAAAUUGACUCUCUCUGCGGUUCAAGAAGUGAAAAUGAAAGUGAAGCCGCACGCAGAAUUAAGACAGAGUUCCUAGUUCAAAUGCAAGGAGUUGGUGUGGACAAUGAUGGAAUUUUGGUCCUCGGAGCUACAAAUAUACCCUGGGUUCUGGAUUCUGCCAUUAGGCGAAGGUUUGAGAAACGAAUUUAUAUUCCUUUGCCUGAAGCCCAUGCACGAGCAGCAAUGUUUAAACUGCACUUGGGGACCACUCAGAACAGCCUAACGGAAACAGACUUCCGAGACCUUGGAAAGAAAACCGAUGGUUAUUCAGGGGCAGAUAUUAGUAUCAUUGUGCGAGAUGCACUUAUGCAGCCUGUUAGAAAAGUGCAGUCCGCCACUCAUUUUAAAAAGGUUCGGGGACCUUCACGGGCUGAUCCUAACAACAUAGUAGAUGAUCUGCUAACACCCUGUUCUCCAGGUGACCCUGGUGCCGUUGAAAUGACGUGGAUGGAUGUCCCUGGCGAUAAACUUCUGGAGCCAGUUGUUUCCAUGUCGGAUAUGUUACGGUCGCUAUCAAACACAAAACCCACGGUAAAUGAACAUGAUUUGUUGAAAUUAAAGAAGUUUACAGAAGAUUUUGGCCAAGAAGGCUAAGCCAAAGACAAGGAAGAGGUUUACCAUACAUAGUCUUUCCUAGAUAUUUUUGCCUUUCUUGGAUGGCAUUCAGAUUAUUUCCAAUUUUAAAACUCUCUCUUGCCACAGGGAUAUAUAGAUCUCACUUCACAGUUCCCUUAAGUUUUAUACUGUACUUUUCCUCCAUUACCUAUUAAAUGCUCCUGUUAACAAAAAUUAUAAAAUAAUGCGUUAUAAAGAAAUGAGUGCUAUAUGAAUGGCAAAUAAUAGAAAUUACCCAGUAAAAAAGCAGAUUAAAAUUGAUAGAUUAAUAUUUGCAAUUUUUAUGAAUGGUGGUCUUUGCAAAGAGUGCUUUUUUUUUUUUUU